CAUCUCCCUCUUGCUUGCUCGCAUCCCUCUGAAUAAUCCACAUCUAGGGCAAGCUGGCUGAGAGGCGAUCCAGUGCUCAGCUCCUCUCUGCAGGCUGAGAAAAGAGACAGAGAGAGAAAGACAACGAUUUUCAACGCAGGAGGAAAAACGCGAUAUUUUGACAGAACGGGAGAAUACCAAGAAUUAACAGAGGAAGAUUUUCAUCUGCGGAUAUCAUUUAUUUAUAUAUAUUGUUUAUAUAUCUAUAUAUAUAUUUGUACACACACAUAUAGAUAUUUAUAUAUAUAUAUACAUUUAUCCCUGUACAUAUCUGUAUUUGUGCUUGUCUGUUUAUAUUAAUAUUUUUAUAUGUAUUUGUGUGUGUAAAUAUAUAUGAUAUAUAAACAAAAGAAUAUAUAUAUAUAUAUUAAUGAAUUUAUAUGCGUAUCACUGUGAACCAAGAGAAGCAAGAGGAAAUUUCUAUCAUUGGGGCUGGUCUCUGAUUGUGUGGUCGUAUACAAUAUUUUGAAUAUUUCCUUUGAUCUUCUACGUCAAGAGGACAAAGACUACGUGCCCAUUUUGUAUUUUGUUUUCCUGUUGCUGCUUCCCGUCCCUCUUGAUCUUUUUUUUUUUUCUACAUCUGAGAGGAAUAAAGCGGAGAGUGACAGGAUUUGACGAAAAAGGGAAAAUCUGUAGAAAUUCCUGUGAUUAGUGUUAUUUCCGUCGGCAUUAGCGCUCUGUGAGCCGAUCACAGCGUGCUGUGUGAGAUCUGAGGAGGCAGCAGAGACAGAGUGCCACGCCGCUCAGCUCAGCGUCAGCCCAGCCAACACAGCCAGCAUGCACAAACACCACCACUGCUGCAAGUGCCCAGAAUGUUAUGAGGUGACCCGUAUGGCUGCCCUGCGUAGGAUGGACGCCCCGUCAUAUGGAGGAGACUGGCAGGCCGAGCCCUAUGGAUACCCGCCUGGGUACGGGGGAGGCCAGACCUUACCUCCCCCAGCCUCAGGGGGAGGUGGAAGCAUGGGAGGAGGAGGGGGCACUUUGGGGAGAAGUAAGGGCAAGAUUAUGUCUAGUGGGGGCCCUGGAGGCCCCAACCCAAAGGGCCAAUCCAAGGGAGGCCCCAAAGUAAACGGCAGCAACUCCAGUGGACAAGGAGGAUGGUGGCCUGAGUGCACCUGUACCAACCGGGAGUGGUAUGACCAGGCCAACCCUCCCCCCAUCAUCGUCAACGCAGACUCACUAGAUGCAGGCCCUUAUGUAAAUGGCAGUGAUGGGAUGUAUAAAUAUGAAGAAAUCAUUUUAGAGAGGGGGAACUCUGGCCUGGGCUUUAGCAUUGCUGGAGGAAUAGACAAUCCCCACAUUCCUGAUGAUCCGGGGAUCUUCAUCACCAAGAUUAUCCCAGGAGGAGCAGCUGCUAUGGAUGGACGGCUGGGGGUUAACGACUGCGUGCUGCGUGUGAACGACGUGGACGUGUCCGAGGUGGUUCACAGCCGGGCGGUGGAGGCCCUGAAGGAGGCAGGGCCGGUGGUGCGGCUGCUGGUUCGACGGAGGCAGGCCCCACCCGAGACGAUUCUGGAGGUCAACCUGCUGAAAGGACCCAAAGGGCUGGGAUUCAGCAUCGCCGGAGGGAUCGGGAACCAGCAUAUCCCAGGAGACAACAGCAUCUAUAUUACCAAGAUCAUAGAGGGAGGAGCUGCCCAAAAAGAUGGACGGCUGCAGACUGGAGACCGCCUGCUAGCUGUGAACAACAUCAUGCUGCAGGAUGUGCGUCAUGAGGAGGCAGUGGCUGCACUGAAGAACACCUCUGAUAUGGUUUACCUCAAGGUUGCCAAGCCAGGACCUGUGCAUCUCAAUGACAUGUACGCCCCACCAGACUACUCCAGCAGUCUGGCCCUCCCCCCAGCCUUCCCCACCAUGGUGGACAACCACGUCAGCCACAACUACAUGGGGGCAAUGGAGCCUAAGCCAGUGUACCCACCGCCCCAGGUUACCCCGUCCAGGUACUCGCCAGUUCCCCGCCCUGUUCUAGGAGAGGACGACUUCACAAGGGAGCCGCGGAAGGUGUUGCUGCACAAAGGCUCCACAGGCCUGGGCUUCAACAUCGUCGGUGGGGAGGAUGGAGAAGGCAUCUUCGUCUCCUUCAUCCUGGCAGGAGGGCCUGCUGACCUGAGCGGGGAGCUGAGGAGGGGCGACCGGAUUCUCUCGGUGAAUGGAGUGAACCUAAGGAAUGCCACACAUGAACAAGCAGCUGCAGCACUGAAGAGAGCUGGACAGACCGUCACCAUCAUUGCUCAAUACAGGCCUGAAGAGUAUAGUCGCUUUGAGUCCAAGAUUCACGACCUGAGGGAGCAGAUGAUGAACAGCAGCAUGAGCUCAGGAUCAGGCUCCCUGCGCACAAGUGAGAAACGGUCUCUCUAUGUCAGAGCUUUGUUUGACUAUGAUCGAACGAGGGACAGCUGCCUGCCCAGCCAAGGCCUGAGCUUCUCUUAUGGGGAUAUCCUCCAUGUCAUAAAUGCUUCUGAUGACGAGUGGUGGCAGGCGAGGCUGGUCACACCACAUGGAGAGAGUGAGCAGAUUGGGGUCAUUCCAAGCAAGAAAAGAGUGGAGAAGAAAGAGCGGGCCAGGUUAAAAACAGUCAAGUUCCACGCCAGGACAGGGAUGAUUGAGUCUAACAGGCCAGUCAAAGUAAAGCGCAAAAAAAGCUUCAACCUCUCACGCAAGUUCCCGUUUUACAAGAGCAAGGAGAAUAUUGUGCAGGAGUUGGUGGAGUCUGAACAAUGCCUGACAUCCAACACAAGUGACAGUGAAAGCAGUUCAAAGGGACAGGAGGACACAAUUCUUUCCUAUGAGCCAGUCAUUCGACAGGAAAUCCACUACACAAGGCCUGUGAUCAUUUUGGGUCCAAUGAAGGACAGAAUAAAUGAUGACCUCAUCUCAGAGUUUCCCCACAAGUUUGGCUCCUGUGUACCCCGUGAGUCGACAGCACGCAACAGCUCUGCUCAGUACACUGACCAUAACAGCGGUGGCGUAAAUAAACUUGUUCCAUUCCCCUCUGCAGAUACGACUCGUCCGAGGCGAGAGAAUGAGAUGGACGGCCAGGACUACCACUUUGUGGCCUCGCGAGAGCAAAUGGAGAAAGACAUUCAGGAUAAUAAAUUCAUUGAGGCUGGCCAGUUCAAUGAGAACCUCUAUGGGACGAGCAUCUUGUCUGUCAGAACUGUGGCGGAGAGGGGGAAACACUGCAUUCUGGAUGUGUCUGGGAAUGCCAUUAAACGACUGCAGCAAGCACAACUUUAUCCGAUUGCCAUCUUUAUCAAACCAAAAUCCAUUGAAGCCCUAAUGGAAAUGAAUAAGAGGCAGACAUACGAGCAGGCCAAUAAAGUCUUUGACAAGGCGGUUAAGCUGGAGCAAGACUUUGGAGAGUAUUUCACAGCUAUUGUACAGGGUGACUCACUAGAGGAGAUCUACAACAAAAUUAAGCUAAUCAUUGAGGAGCAGUCUGGUCCCUACAUCUGGAUCCCCUCCUCAGAGAAGCUCUGAGCUCCCUGCCGUCCCCUCUGCAUCGGUGCAGAGCUCCCCUCCUGCCUCCCAGAAACCCCACCCAAGCCCAGAUAGCCCCCCUCCCUCCUCCUCACCUCCUUUUUGCAGAUAUGUUUCAUAUCAAGUUUUAGUGUCAUCAUUAUGUUACUCUCUAAAUGAAAAAGAAGUCUUAUCACCAUUACUGUGACUGUGCACACCCCUGCAUGAGUUUCUCAACAAAUCCAUUCAAGACUGGAAAUGCCAUUCCAAAGGAAUUUGUCAAAUGAAAACAAAAGGGAAAAGGAAUAAAUCCUUUUGUGAACUGGGACUGACUGAAGAUCAGAAUGUUUUACAGAAAUCUGGAGAGAGGAGUUGGGAUUCAAAAAGAAGUUGCAGGGGAACAGAGACAAAUCAUACAAGUUGGAACACUUUGUAAAUGUUCAUUAAAAUCACAUUUAAAAGACACGCAAGAUGAGAAGUUGAAGACCAAUUAAGGGUUGUUUUUUUUUGUUGUUUUUUGUUUUUUUUUCUAAAAAGACUGGAUAAAAUCGAGCCCUGCUGACGGUACUGUUCAAGGAGUCAUCUCUCUUGUUUAUAAUGACUGAGGAAAUUAGUGGAGGAGCCUACAAACUGGUGAUCUAUUUAUCACAAACCAGCUUGCUGUUUGGUCGUCUGCCAGUUGUCUGUGCUGCAGCUGAUAAAGACAUCUCGGGAGGGAGAUCAAGAGGAAGAAAUGCGUUGUGAAUCUCUACAUUUAUAUUAUGAAAUCACAAGAUAAAUGAUAAAAUCCUACUGAGAUUUUACUACAUAUUAAAAAACUACACAUUUUACACUUCACUAGAAUUGUCAAUUUGGAGGGCUGUUUUCUUUCUUUCUUUUUUUUUUUUUUUUUCUUCUUUGGUUUUUUUCCUUCUUUGUGGGAUUUUUUGCUUGUGGUUUUUAGCUGCUCUGUGUAAAGGAUGGGGGUAGAGAAGUGUAACUGGGCUCUCUGCAAAACACCAAACUGCCUUACAUCAAAUACAAAUUCUGUUUUGUGACUACCUGUUGUCUGUGAGGGAGGCUGCACACAAUUGACAAGGAAGACCGAGGAAACCUUCUCAUCUUUCCUUACUUUUUUGUGUCCUCCGACUGCCAGGAGGCCUGACUUGAGUGCAAUAGAUAAACAAAGUCUCGCCUCUGUGGGCGUCUUUUCUCCCCUGUAUUUCAACCUCUUUGCUGUGUAAUUUAAAAGAAAUUUGGCCAUUUGAUUACAAUUUGGACAGCCAGAGCCUCCUUACUCAUGUUGAGCAGCAGACCACCCUAUUACACUCUCUGCCUUCCAAAAGGAUUCUCUUCUGAUUGAAUGGUCACAUGGUACUGUCCUAUCUGCCGCCAUGAUGGUGGCCUUAAAACGGGUAGAACAAGACAAUAAUUGUAUUGGGUGUCUCUAACAAUUAAAGAGUCAAUAUAACCUGUUUUGGAUUGUCCCCCUGUGCCCCUACCAAAAACAACACUAAAGUUGGGUUUGAUUAAACCUAUAUGCUUUGUGUAUCUAUAAACAUAUGAAUUCUUAAUGAUUCUGUUGUUGGCAGGUGCUGAACCACUGUGUUGAGCUCGUAGUGCGUCUGGGGUGAGCUAGACCAGCUCAGGAAUCUUAACGUACAGAUACCAUUUCCCCUGCGACUGAAAGGCCACGUUCGGGUGAUGACACAGAAAGUUUAUAGCACGAACAAGUACUCAAGGUACUGUCACAUAGUUAAAGGCGUUUUCAACUGAACAGUGUAAUCGGUUUGUAUUACGCAUCUUUUUCGUGAGGCGGGGAGCUUGUUCAAGGCCAUCGAUGUGGUCACCUUUUGAGUUGGCUGUAACAUGGCUUCACCAGGAUUGAAAUGACCUGCUCCACCCCCCCAUCCAGAGCUUGGCACUGUAUGUUAAUGUGUGCAUGUGAGAGGGCACAUCUGAAGAAGGAAUACUGUGGCCCCUGAUCUUGUGAACGUUCUCGCUUUCCUCCUCAGCUUUUUGAAGAGUGCAAGGAGAUUUUUUUUCUUCCUCAGAGAGCCAGACCCAACAAGAAGUGGUAACCUAGACCUCUGGGUCCCCUGCUCUCUCCCACCCACAGAGCACCUGUACCUGCAGGCAUUUUCUGAACAGGUGUGCCCACCUGCCAGGCACCACUGCUAAACCAGCUGUCAUUACCUGUGUCAAAACCAGAGUUCAGGGAAUAACCGAAGGGAACAGAGCCAUUUAUAAACUGCUUGCAGACUGUUUCAAAGGGUGUGGUAGCUGUACAAUGUAAAUAAGCCCCCAGCAGAUCCCCCUCACCUGUGCUUCAUGCAUGUGUGAAUCAAACUGGGACAAACAUGUUUUAUAGACCACAAAUGUCAGGUAAGUAAAGUUUGAGCUACUCUUAAGAUAUACUUUCCAUACAAAUGUGCUGUAUUGUUGGUAUUUCUCUUCAAAUGCCUAUUGGAACACUUAACUAGUCAGUUUGGGAAUUCAAUUCCCUCAAAUAGGGCCUGUCUACAUGUGAUUUAUUGUGGAACGUGUCUGGGUGUAUAGAUUUUAAAAAAUAUAUUGUAAAAUAAUUAAAAAGAGAUGCAGGCAGAAACCUACACAACAUCACAGAAACCAGGAGCAUUGAUCAAUACAUCAUUAGAAGUUUAGAAUUGGUCCUCUCUGGUGUUUAGCUGAAAUACAGCUGACUGUUAACAAUGUGUGUGGUAUUCAUACCUCAGUCAGCCAUGUCAAAGCCCAAAGAACUUGAUUUCAUUUUACUCUUUCCACUGAGGUUGUGGUAUAUAACAAGAUGGAACCUGAAUGCCUCUGUGUGUGUAUAAUUGAUGAGGGUCUUUGUUCUCAUGAGAGAAAUGAUGACAUGUAUGCUUUUAUUUUUUGGGUGGGGGGGUCAGGGUUCUUGUUUGUACUUUUGGGUGAUGAUGUUUAUGUUAUAGCACAUCUGUGCAGUAAGUGCUUGCAAACAUGAACCCUUUGAUUGUACAGUAGUUUCCUUCCUGUCACUGCAGGUGGUACAGCCUAUCAGGACACUUGGCCUCAUGGUCUUCCCUGUCCUAGUCAUGAGGGAACACAGUCCUGCAACUUUUGUUCGGGUUUUAUUUUGGGACUUGACAAGAGUUUAUUUGUUUGAAAAUAAAAUAUGUGACUCAGUUAUGA